CUUCUUCUUCUUCCUUGAGGAACAAUAAUAUCUCCAAUGGCUGCAAAACCAAAACCCAAAGACAGAGAUUUCCUAAACCAUCUCGAAACAUACUUAUCCAAACGAGAUGGCGUAGACAAACUCUUAAAGAUCUCUCGUUACGCUACCAAAAUCAUCCUCGCAUCAUCUCUAAUCCCAGAAACCAAAUCCAUAGUUCCUCGUCUCAAAACCUUCGAAUCAAGCGUCGGAGUUAGCCGUAAAGCCUUCCGUCUCGGUAAAUUCGUGCAAGACAUCAACGCACUAAGAUCUUCGCGGUGGGAAUCGAAUCAGGAACUCGUAUUGAUUCUGAUCGCGUACGGUGGCGAAGGACUGUACUAUUUCGUCGAACAGUUCAUAUGGUUGACGAAAUCGGGAUUGAUCGAUGCGAAAUACUCGAAAUUGCUUCAGAAGAUUAGUGCUUGGGCUGAAUUGGUUGGGUAUGUUGGUAGUGUUUCGAUGAAGGUUAGGGAUUUGAGGAGAUUGAGAGAUGAAGAGACUUGUGUUGCUUCGACGAUCGAGAUCUCGGUUUCGAGAGGGAUUGGUUGUGAAGGUGAAGAUGAGAAGAUGAAGAUGAUUAAGGAGAAGAAGACAUUGAAGGUUUUAUCUAUAUUGCAAGAUCUUGCUGAUGGUUUGAUGACGAUUUCGGAUAUUGGUGAUGGUAAGGGAGUGUUAUCUGCUCCUAGUGUGGUUUCUUCAGCAGGUUUGUUUUCAGCUAUUGUUAGUACUCAUAAGAAUUGGGUUUCUUGUUGAUGUUGUUGUUGAUGAUGAUGAUGAUGAUGAUGAUGAUGUUGAUCGUUCGUUUAUCGAUUGAUUUAUAGUAAUGGUUAUCGAAUAAAGGUUUCGUUUUUUAA